AUGGGCCCUCCUCGGCGCAAGGUACUUGCCACGGCGGAAGAGACGAUGGUCCCGCCGGAUGAGCUUGCCCAGGGACACUUGAUUACGCGGGUCAUCAAAGCUACCGGAAACAACGUCUACCUGGUUGAGACGCCAUCCAAGGAGUCGGCCCUGGUCGAGUUGCCUUCGCGAUUCCGUUCGACCAUCUGGAUCAAGCGUGGAUCUUACGUGGUGAUCGACACCAAUGCUCUUGAGGGCCGCGACAACAAGCUGAAGGGCGAGAUUAUCAACAUCGUCCGGGACGAGAAGGCAUGGCGCAAGGCUCCAUUCUGGCCCAAGGAAUUCACCAAGCAAGUUGUUGCUGCUUCGGACGACGAGGAAUCCGAGGAGGAGUCUAAUGUUGGUAAACUGCCGCCUUCGGACGACGAAUCUGAUGCGUGA